GGGUAUUUUCUGCCGUCACCGUAACUUUUCUUCAACACACAGCCUCUCACACAUACACACUCACACACACACAUACAAAACAAAACUAAAAAAUGGAUAACAGCGGGAAAGAGAAGGAAGCCAUUCAGCUAAUGGCCGACGCUGACAAAAAAGUCAAGGCGUCGGGAUCUCUUUUGGGAGGGAUGUUUGGAGGGGGACAUCACAAAGUGGAAGAGGCAUGUGACAUGUACUGCAGAUCAGCCAACAUGUUCAAGAUGGCCAAGAACUGGAGUGCUGCUGGAGGUGCGUUUUGCAAGGCUGCACGUCUCCAUAUGCAGCUGCAGAACAAACACGACUGUGCCACCAGUUUCAUCGACGCAGGAAAUGCUUACAAGAAGUCCGAUCCUAAUGGUGAGACUGCCUAGGCAAUCAAGUGUUUAAAUGCUGCCAUCGAUAUAUAUACAGACAUGGGAAGAUUCACCAUUGCAGCCAAACACCACAUCAGUAUUGCAGAAAUCUAUGAGUCUGAGAUGGUGGAUAUCGAAAAGGCUGUUGCACAUUAUGAACAAGCAGCAGACUACUACAAAGGAGAAGAAUCAAACAGUUCUGCCAACAAGUGUCUGCUGAAGGUGGGGGCUUACUGUGCUCAGCUAGAGCAGUACCAGAAGGCGAUUGAGAUCUACGAGCAGGUUGGAGCCAACACAAUGGACAACCCACUGCUGAAAUACAGCGCCAAAGAGUAUUUCUUCAAAGCCUCUCUCUGUCAUUUCAUUGUCGACGAGCUCAAUGCUAAGAUUGCUGUUGAAAAAUAUGAGGAGAUGUUCCCGGCUUUUUCAGACUCUCGAGAAUGCAAGCUGUUGAAGAAACUACUUGAUGCUCAUGAGGAACAGAACAGUGAGGCUUUCACAGAGGCAGUAAAGGAGUUUGACUCAAUCUCCCGUCUGGACCAGUGGCACACAACCCUCCUGCUGCGCAUCAAAAAGACCAUCCAGGGUGAUGAAGGGGAUCUGAAAUGAAAGAAACACAGGGUAAAAUGUAGCAUGGAGGGACAAAUCCAUCACACAUGCAUUCAUACACCCAGACCUGCACACAAACAAACACACACUCUUUCACUCACCUCACUGUGUAAAGGCAUUUGGAGAUGGGUGUCCCCCUGAUGAUUUUGAAUAUUCCACUGCUCACUGCUAUACUGUUCGAGUACUAUCUUAGCUUUCGUUACGAGCGUAUCUGAAUCUAGUCAGAAUGUAAAAUCCUCUCGCCCUCACCUCUGCCUAGAGGAUUGCUGCAUACCUUUUAUGCUGGAAUCUGUCCUGGGGGAUUUCAGAGCGGGUAUUAAUGUAUUGAAACUGAUGUUAGUAUUGACAAGAAGCACUGCAUGUUUUGUACAAUUAUUGUUUCUUAGUCAAAUGCAGCUUGUUUUUUUUGUUUUUUUUUAACCUAGUUGAUUAUUUUUUUAAACACAUUGAGUGUUUCAGUUUGCUGUAUAAAGACUAUCAUGGUGUGUGUGUGUGUGUGUGGAUUUUAAGAAUAUACCAUAAUCUUAAUUUGUAUUAGAGUAAAUGUUAAGUAUCAAAUCAAUUUCAUGGCUUGUUCUUAUUAUAACCACAAUAAAAAAUGAUUUUGGUUUCCAUUGUGACACAAAAGGGAGAGACUCUUCUUGAUGAAGGGCGAUGAUAUGCACCAAGUGUAGACUGUUAAAAAUUUGUAUCUAAUCACAGCUUCUGAUUUAUUUAUUUUUCCAUAAAUAUUUGUGAUUUUAUUACUUAAGGAUUAUUUAUUAUUACUUCAGGAUUUGUUGGUGUGAUAAUACCUUGAAUGUUUGAAUGUGUAAGCUGUGAUUUCUAGUUGGCCUGUGAAAAAUGAAUUUCUGAAUGAGAAACACUGACAAGGAAACCCUUAUUCCUUACAUCCCCAGGGCAGUUAUCUUGGGGAAAUGUGUAUCAUUAGCCACUCAUCUCGUGCUGUGUCGUGUUGUGAACUCAACUAUCAUGGAAGGUGUACUAAUGCAGUGCAUCUUUCUAAAUGGCCAGUCGCUAAGCAUGUCAUUGUGUAUAGUUAAGUGUUGUGUUACAUUCACUAGUGUGAGCCAGACCAAAGUUUUUACUAAAGGGUCAUUCACCCUGUGUAUCCAGCUUCUUCCAGGUGGAAUGACAAUGGACCUUGGAUAUGAUCUGUAUGCCUGUGCGAAUGGACAAUAAUAAAGAUAUUAUAUCCCA